GCAGGACUUGGAAUUUGCUUCCCGACCACCAGCGUCUUGAGCAGACCGUGGCUUUGGGCUGGCUUCUCAGGGACAGUCUCUGCUUGGAGAGACUGGCGUGGUCAGCACAGAUUGGGAACGGUGGGCUUCCCACCAGUGGGGGGUGGCGCGCGGAGGCUGGGCUGGAGGCAGCAUCGCCUGAAGGGGAACCUUGACGGCCUGCGUGAGAAGAGAUGGGGAAGCAGCGGCGGGGACCCCCAGGCCCCUCUCUUCCUUCCCACUCCUGAGGCAGCCUUUACCCCGCGGCCUCCACCUCCCACCCUGGGAGGAUUGGAAACUGGUUCUGGGUUGCCACAUCUCCGCAAGGGGCCCUGGAACCCGCCCGGCUUCUCUCUCCACCCCCGCUCCCAACUGCCCUCCUGUCUGGGGCCUGGAUCCACAAAACGUCAGUGGAACCUUGUGUGUGGAGACAGCUGGAAGGUCCCGCUGGAGCAGCUGAGCCACCUCCUGGGCUGGUUGCUGGGCUGUGUCAUCCUGGGAGCAUGCUGUGACCGGUUUGGCCGCCGGGCAGUUUUUGUGGCCUCCCUCGUGCUGUCCACGGGCCUUGGGGCCGGUGAGGCCCUGGUGACCAGCUUCCCUACCCUACUGGUCCUGCGCCUAGUCCAUGGGGGAACGUUGGCAGGGGCCCUGCUCGCCCUGUACCUGGCUCGCCUGGAGCUGUGUGACCCUCCACACCGUCUGGCCUUCUCCAUGGGGGCCGGCCUUUUCUCUGUGGCGGGCACCCUGCUGCUGCCUGGCCUGGCUGCGCUCGUGCAAGACUGGCGCCUUCUACAUGGGCUGGGCGCCCUGAUGAGUGGGCUCUUGCUGCUAUUUUGGGGCUUCCCAGCCGUGUUCCCUGAGUCUCCCUGUUGGCUGCUGGCCACAGGGCAGGUAGCCCGAGCCAGGCAGAUCUUGUGGCACUUUGCAGAAGCCAGCGGUGUGGACCCCGAGGACAGUUCCUUGGAGGAGAACUCCCUGGUUACAGAGCUGGCCAUGCUGUCUGCAGGGAGCCCCCAGCCCCGGUACCACUCCCCCCUGGGGCUCCUGCACACGAGGGUCACCUGGAGAAAUGGGCUUAUCUUGAGCUUCAGUGCACUGGUUGGUGGGGGCAUCAGAGCCAGCUUCCUUCGCAGCCUGGCCCCUCAGGUGCUGACCUACCUGCCCUACUUCCUGGAGGCUGGCCUGGAGGCAGCAGCCUUGGUCUUCCUGCUCCUGACGGCAGAUCGCUGGGGACGCCGCCCCAUCCUGCUGCUGGGCACCAUGGCCACAGGCCUGGCAUCCCUGCUGCUCCUCGCUGGGGCCCAGUAUCUGCCAGGCUGGACCAUGCUGUCCGUCUCCGUCCUGGGACUCCUGGCCUCCCAGGCUGUGUCUGCACUCAGCAGCCUCUUUGCAGCUGAGGUGUUCCCUACAGUGAUGAGAGGGGCCGGGCUGGGCCUGGUGCUAGGGGCCGGGUUCCUGGGCCGGGCGGCCGACCCCCUGGAUGCCGUGCACGGCCGGAGGGGCUUCUUCCUCCAACAUGUGGUCUUCACCUCCCUGGCUGUCCUUACCCUGCUGUGUGUCCUGCUGCUGCCAGAGAGCCGAAGCCGGGGCCUGCCCCAGUCACUGCAGGACGCCGACCGCCUGCGCCGCUCCCCACUCCUGCGGGGCUGCUCCCGCCAGGACCACCUGCCCCUGCUGUCGGCCUCUGAUGCCUGCCGGGCCGGCCACACCCUCCAGCAGCACUAGCCCUGCCUGCGGGCCCCAGGAGCCUGGUCAGGCCUGCGGCAUGGCUGAAUACCCUAGGCCUCUGGUCCAGGGGAGACACAUACCCCUCAGAAGCCCGUGUCUCAGUGCAGGUGGAGCCGUGGGGACGGCGCGAACUUGUCCCCAGCCGAGCCCGGGGCCCUGGGAGGCCCUGAGUCUCCUCCCUGGUCAGACUCAGCAGGUGCGGAGGAUAAAGGUUUCUCUGGAA